AUUGCAUGAAUGUUAACUCUCCUCUUUACCUCCAAUCUCAAUUCACGAAUAUUUCCUGUCUGGCUUGGACAAUUAACAUCUCAGCCCGGUCGUUGACCCGUUCUUGAUCUGUUACUUCGAGCGAGUGUUUGAUUUGACUCGUAAUGGCGUCUGCUCGAGACUUGCGACCUACACCCACGGAUGGCUACCCAACUGCUACGUCCUUUCUCCAACAGGAUACCGAAGAAACACUCUUGGCCCAUCUUCCUCAAUCUCUAGCUUCAGCGAAUCCAGCAACUAGCCAGAAUGCACCUGCCGUUCUUCAGCGGAACAUCCAUAUGCAGUACCUCCUGCGGAAUCUGCGACAAGGCUUCCCGCAACGCUACACAGGCCAGGACGCGAGCCAGGCAUGGUUAAUGCACUGGACGUUCCAAGCGUUCAGCUGUCUUGGUGUGGGGAUAGAUGGAGAGACGAAGAGGAAGGCGCGCGAGAAGCUGCUUGCCAUGCAGCACGAGUCGGGAGGGUUUGGCGGAGGUCCUGGACAGGCUGCGCAUCUCCUCGCAACCUAUGCCGCUGUGACUGCGCUUGCGGUCGUUGGAGAGCCUGGUCCAGGCGGCGGUUGGGAGAGCAUUGACAGGAAGAAGAUGUACGAAUUCUUCAUGUCAGUGAAGCAGCCCGAUGGGUCCUUCCUGGUGAGCCACCACGGAGAGGUGGACGUCAGAGGACUGUAUUGUCUCCUUGCUGUCGCGACGCUCCUCAAUCUGCUAACCCCCGAGCUGCUCGAGGGUGUUCCCGAGUUCAUCGCGAGUUGUCAAACAUAUGAGGGUGGCUUCGGUAACGCUUCUUUCCCAGACUGGGCAUUCAGCAGCGAUGGCUACGAUCCAACAGCGCCUCGUCCGGUCUUGGGCGAAGCUCAUGGCGGGUAUACGUUUUGCGCACUAGCUUCCUGGGUGUUCCUGCAGCCCUAUGUCCGAAUCUAUUACAAGUCACCGUCUGCCGAUGCCCCUGCCCCAGUCGACCGCAUCCCGCCAACGAUCAACCUCCGUGCUCUUCUUCGUUGGCUUACGCACAUGCAGGGCACUGGCAUCGAACUAGGAGGAUUCAAGGGCCGGACGAACAAACUCGUGGACGGAUGCUACAGUUGGUGGGUGGGCGGCUGCUUCCCGCUCGUGGACGGCCUGUUAGGCUCGGGCGCGCCCGAACCAUCGAAGGAGACGGCACCCGAGGCGGAAAAUCGCCCAACGUCAACGGCAGACCAUGAAUGGCUCGACAUAGACGACGCACUAUUCAAUCGGGAGGCGCUCCAGGAAUACGUUUUGUUCGCCGGACAGCACCCAGCCGGCGGACUGAGAGACAAGCCGCCAAAACACCCGGAUUCGUACCACACUCUGUACUGCCUCGCCGGUCUCUCAGCGGCACAACACCGCGUUGCUCCCGAUCACUCUCGGAGAGAUGAUCUUCUCCGAAGCUGGGGCGCAGACGCGGCACGUAAGAUGACCGUUGUCGCCGGCUCGGUGGACGAACGAGGUCGUUUGGACACCCUGCGUGAGGAGUCGUAUCUUGACGCGCUGUGCUGGUUGGAGGACGAAGGGGCGGACAAGUACGUCGGAGGCUCUGCGAACCGUGUGAAUGCGACCCAGCCGUUAUUCAAUCUGACAAUCACGCACACUGAGCUUAUGAUGAAGCACUUCUACCAACAGAACCUGCCACCGCGGAUGCCGAAGACGGCGGCGAAGAGAUCUUAACCAUGCUUGGCGACGGCUUCGGGUGUGGUGCUGCCAUAUCAGUGGAUGUUGCACCGGCGAGUUGACAGC